AUGGCCUUGUGCGCAACAUGCAAAAAGGUAGACUUUCGCACCCUCCUUAUUGCUUGCCUUCAAUCAUGUCGAGAGAGGCAAGAAACUCACGGCGGGGACUAUGAUGACCCGCCCCCGUCCGAUAACUCAUCGAAGGCUAGGCAUCACGACGACAUUUUCGCGAUCGAAAAAUCAAGUGGAAGUUGCAAUCUUUGCAAAGUCAUAUUCCAAGCCUUUGAGAAGAGAGGAGUCAUCGAUGCAGAAGAGGCAAGAGGAUUACCGAUCAUUUUUCGUGCGUUUGGCAACAAGAUUGAAGUGUGUUUUGAUACAGAAGAAGAACUGAUUCAGCUAUGCGGCCUUGAUUUCUCUAUGAAUGAAGCUGAUGCCAGGGAAUUUUUCUCGGGUCGUAAGAUGAAAGAGGAUAGUUCGCCGGCGAUUCUAAAGACGAUUGAGAAGGAUCCCGGCUCCAAGGCAUCACUCGCAACUGCUUCCGGUUGGUUGAGAGACUGUUUGGAGAACCAUGACUCUUGCAAACCCACCGCUGAAUAUCAGAAGCCGCCGAAACGAUUGAUCAACGUCGGCAACGAAACCCAGAAUCCAUUUCUGGUGAAAACUUCCCUUGGUUCUCGACACUUGAGAUGGCUGUCUCUAAGCUAUUGCUGGGGAGAAGAGCCUUCGAUGAAGCUUACCGAGAAAACCAUGGACAAGCUGAGGAAUGGAAUCCCUUUGAAUGAAUUCGACACUACGGUCCAGGAUGCUAUCUUGGUUACCAGGGCCUUGGAGAUCACAUACAUUUGGAUUGAUGCACUGUGCAUCAUUCAAGAGGACAACGGAAACGACUGGAUCGAACAGGCUUCUAAAAUGAAUGAAAUCUACGGAGGGUCAACGGUGACUCUUGUCGUCGCCAGCUCAAACUCUGUGAAGGAUGGAUUUCUGAAGGAUCGCGAGCUCCAAUACAUUCCCAUCCUAUGGUCUAGCAACACUGCUGGAGACCCGACCGGUGAUAAGCCUCAAGCGAAAGUGUUCGUCUCGUCAGAAUGGGACAAGAGCGAAGACGAGCUCAACGGGCCCUGGAGUAAACGAGGAUGGACGAUGCAAGAAGGUCUACUUCCCAGUCGGCUGCUGCACUACACAUCCUCUCAAAUGAUCUGGAAAUGCGGCGAAGAACAGCGAUUCGAAAGAGGCGUAACAAAAAGCCUCCAAGCCGAGGUCGAUGAAAUCCUGAAAUACUCCGAUGAUAUCGCUUUCGGAUCUGGAUGGCUCUGGAGAUUAGACACAUUUAUGAAAUUCAAAAGGUUUCCAGACUACAUACCAAGCAGCUUGGACUAUCCCCUGCUGUUGGAACCGGAAACUUUUCAUUUGUGGUACGACUUCAUCGAGGAAUAUACCCAGAGGAGAUUCAAAUGCAUCAGCGAUCGUCUGUUGGCAAUAUCAGGCCUUGCCAGAAUAUUCGGCAACACGAUUCGCAGCCGUGAUUACGCGGCUGGCCUGUGGAAACCAGACUUGAUCAGAGGGCUUAUGUGGCACACCAAAGGCGCAAAGCUUAUCCCUCGACAAUUGGCCGACAGCAUGCGAGCUGUCAAUAUUGCCUUUCCGUCUUGGAGCUGGGCCAGUGUUGGGUAUGAGCGUGUGAAAAACAGCCAGAAGAACAAUAAUCAUUUCCAAGCUUUAUCACGAGUCGAGGACGUACAGAUCGACCUCGUUGAUCAACACGAUCCCUUUGGUGGCGUGAAAAGCGGCAGCGUUACCAUCACUGGCCCGUUGAAGAAAGCACCAAGACUUUACAACAAAGAAUGGAAUUCCUCGGAAGCGUCAAUGUCAGCAUUUGCGCGGCAUAUUUCCGAAACCGCCGAGAAAGAAAGCCCAGAAGGCGUUGAACACAGGUACUCUUCUCCGCCCGAAGGCCAUUUCGCAGCACUGCAGAUGCUUGAGGGCAUAGGUUCGCUAGAUCUGCUCGUGCUGGAAGCCACGGGCGAAGUCUCAAACGGCAUCACCGUGUAUCAUCGUGUUGGGGUCAUCACGCUCCGGUAUUUUCCUGAGGAUAGUGCGGCAUCGCCAGCUCUCAUUGCUAAAUUGGAGGAGUUGGAUAAGUCUCGUGCCGCACGCCUUGGCCCACGGGAGGGAAAAGGCAAGGGGCAGAAGGCUGCUAAUGCUGUAGUUACGGAGCUGAGGAAAGAGCCCUGGAAGACAGAAACUGUAAUUAUCGUCUGAAUGGGAGCUGGAACCCCCAAAAUCGGUCCCCGUCUUGGUUGAUCUUCGGUUUGAUUGACUAUAGGAAAGCUUUUAUAAAAAUGUCUUUUGCGAGAUUGCACGUCAGCGUGUCAGAAAAGGUCUCUGAUGGUGUAAGUGAGCGCUGCUAGGGUGUUCCUUCGAGUUUCAGAGAGGGUCCAGGAUAGAGGUGACAGGAGCGGGACUUAAUGCCUAAGAUAUUGAAGAUUUGAGUGAGGUGUAGACUUGAUGCCGUAGCUGCUGUAGGCUUUUCCUAGUGUCGGAUUGAUGGUUUUAAACUGUCACGGUAAUCACCUUUAACAAUAUACCGAUCCUUCCCCACCGC